AUGGCAAGGGACGAGAAAACAAUCUUUCUGUUUGAUGUAGAUGGAACACUUUCCGAAUCGAGGGCCUCAAUGACUGAAAAAAUGAGGGAAAUGCUAAAGAAACUCAAGAAGAAGGUUCACAUAGGGUUUGUUGGAGGAUCCGAUCUUGAAAAGCAAAGAGAGCAAAUUGGAGAUGAUCUCCUUGAACUGUUUGAGUAUGGAUUUCCUGAAAAUGGUGUCAGUUUUUAUAAGAAUGGGACUCUAAAAUCGCAGGAGAAGAUAAUCAAUGUACUUGGAGAGAAGUUCUAUAAGGAGUUUGUCGGGUUUGUUCUCGAGUAUCUUAGUAAGAUGGAUAUUCCUAUAAAGAGGGGCAACUUUAUUGAAUAUAGGAAUUCCAUGAUCAACAUCAGUCCAAUAGGGAGAAAUUGCAGCAGAGAGGAGCGAAAGGAGUUUUUUGAGCUUGAUAAGAAAGAGAAGUUUAGAAAGAGCAUGGUUGCAGCUAUGAGAGAAAGAUUCAAGAAUAGUUGCUUGGUCUUCUCUAUUGGGGGCCAAAUAUCAAUUGAUUGUUUCCCGAAGGGUUGGGAUAAGACAUAUUGCUUAAGACACAUAAGGGACGAAGGGAUAAAGAAUGUUUAUUUCUUUGGAGAUAUGACCAUGGAAGGAGGGAAUGAUUAUGAAAUCUUUAAUCAUCAAGAUGUCCAUGGAGUAACAGUUGAAAACCCUGAUGACACCUAUAGGAAAGUAAGCCAGAAACUAAAAGAGAUAGGCCUUGGAGACUUGAAUGAAGAUUAA